CCGGGUCGCCGGCUCGGGGCGCGGCUUCAAUUUCAACAACUUUAUUGGUCUCUCUGUACGCCGAACAGCCGGCGUGCGUGUGGCCCCGGGAUCCCGGAGCGCAUCGCCAGAGGUUGCCCCCGACUCGAGCCGCAGCCAUGGGAAACACCACCAGCGAGCGGGUGUCCGGGGAGCGCCACGGUGCCAAGGCUGCGCGAGCCGAAGGCGGCGGCCAUGGCCCGGGCAAGGAGCACAAGAUCAUGGUGGGGAGUACCGACGACCCCAGCGUCUUCAGCCUGCCCGACUCCAAGCUCCCUGGGGACAAAGAGUUUGUACCCUGGCAGCAGGACUUGGAUGAUUCUGUGAAGCCCACCCAGCAGGCCCGGCCCACCGUUAUCCGCUGGUCUGAAGGAGGCAAGGAGGUCUUCAUCUCUGGGUCUUUCAACAACUGGAGCACUAAGAUUCCACUGAUUAAGAGUCAUAAUGACUUUGUUGCCAUCCUGGAUCUUCCAGAGGGAGAACACCAGUACAAAUUCUUUGUGGAUGGACAGUGGGUUCAUGAUCCAUCAGAGCCUGUGGUUACCAGUCAGCUUGGCACAAUUAAUAAUUUGAUCCAUGUCAAGAAAUCUGAUUUUGAAGUAUUCGAUGCUCUGAAGUUGGACUCCAUGGAGAGCUCUGAGACAUCAUGCCGAGACCUAUCCAGUUCACCCCCAGGGCCUUAUGGUCAAGAAAUGUAUGUGUUCCGAUCUGAAGAGAGAUUCAAAUCCCCACCCAUCCUGCCCCCUCACCUGCUCCAAGUUAUUCUUAACAAGGACACUAAUAUUUCAUGUGACCCGGCCUUACUUCCUGAGCCCAACCAUGUUAUGCUAAACCAUCUCUAUGCGCUGUCCAUUAAGGUGAGUGGUGGCCCUGUUGUUCCGCAGCCUCCUGACUGGAAGGGUAAGAGUGGCGCAUGCUCUCCAGUAGAAGCGACAGUCGAAUGAUAGAAGAGCUGUCUUUUUCUUCCCUCGCAGGCUACUGGAUUUUAAACCCCAGUCUCUGCCUGUGUUCAGGCUAACUAAACUGUCAGUGAUAGGGACCUUUCUGCUUCCCAGUGUCUGAGUGGCUGGACCCUUUGUUCCAUCCGUUUACUUAAGCUUGAGUUCAUACUAGUUGGAUUCUACGUGCUGAAAGUCAGGUUUAACUUCCUUCAAAAAAUGCUUGAAUGAGACAAUAAAACUUCUUAAAAUGUGGAAUCGAGGGGCUGGAGAGAUGGCUCAGAGGUUAAGAGCACUGGCUGCUCUUCCAGAGGUCCUGAGUUCAAUUCUCAGCAGCCACAUGGUGGCUCACAACCAUCUGUACUGAGAUCUGGCGUCCUCCUCUGGCGUGCGGGCAUACAUCGAGGCAGAAUGUUGCAUACAUAAUAAAUAAAUAAAUCUUUAAAAAAAUAUGUGGAAUUGAGCUAUGUUGAGAUGUCCUACUUGUGUUCCCCAAGCAUUUCCAUCUUGUGUAGUAGGUAGGGAGGCAGUGUGACCGGAUGUUCUGUGUCUUUCUCACCCCUGCCCUGCCCUAGAGUUCUUAGUUUCUCUGUUGCCUUAAUGUCUUUGUGGCUUGACCGUUAGCAUAAAGGUAUAUAGUUCUGUGGCUGGCUAAGCUGAUCCUCGUGGGAACUACUUGGAGAAGUUGGUGAACUUCAGAUUGAGAAGUCUCCUACCAGAUAUUCUAAGUAAGUGUACCUAGGGUGACUCCCAGCAGUUUCUCUGGAAGCUGCUUAGAUUUCUUAGAUGUGCAGUGAGAACAGGGAGGUCACUGAUAGAGCUGACUGUAAUAGAUUAUGUAGGUAUAUAUAAAAUUUAAUAUACUGAAUUUCAUUUUCCUAGUAACCUGGAGAGGUAAGUAUUUAUUUUUAACCCCUGUUUUAUAGAUAAAGAAACUAAGACUCAGAGAAGGUCAGAUUGCCAGUAAGUAUAAGAGGACUGAGUUCCAGUCCUGCUGACCUCACCCCUGCUCUUUCCUGCCUGUCACCACGCAGGUCUUCUCACGGUGCUUCUCUUUCACCUGCCCCCACAUCUGCAGCUCUUGUGGAGCGGAGUUUACCCGCUGGUGUCUUAGCACAGUCUAGACGGAGUGUCAGUCUGGGACGUAGUCUUUGUGGGUCGUCCAGGACGAAGGAAGAUAGCAGACUGCUAUCUUCUCUGUGUUGGACUUUUGGGGUUCUUUGAGAUCUGGUUGAGUUUUGUCUCCUGUGACUGCUCUGUGACUAUCAGUUGGUGUCCCUUGUCACCUCUUCUAUAGUACACCCAUGCUCUCUUAUGCAUCUUGGGUUUGGUGCCUUUGCUCCCUUGUUCUGCUUAUGAUACAGGUCAGUGCUGACUGUUUGGCUUGACUUGGAUUCUCAGCUUGUUUGGCCAUGUGGAAUUGACCCACCAGAAUGGCUGUCUAAGGAAGCUUCCUGAACUUUAAGGAUAGAUAGGAACCCCCAUGGUUCUCUCCAGGUCAGAGAGUACAUUGGGAGUUCGUCCUUGGUGUCAAGUGGCAGUUGGACCUGCUUCAGGCUUAGGGAUGAGUUCUGAGAAGGAUCACUUCCCUUCCUUACUACAUUUAACCUUUUGUUCUGGAAAUGGUUGAUAGCGCCCUUUUCCCUUGUUAGACUCAGGUGUAAUACUGUAAUUUGAAAUGAGAAGGGGUGUAAAGUUGUAAAUGAGUGUUUCCUCGUGACCUUUUAUGUCUCAGAUCUUUCGUCUGAUCUUCUCUCGAUCCUCAGAACCGCUUUACUGGUAGCUCUUGCCCUUUGUAUGGAGAAGUCUUAAAAGGGGCAGAGGGACAUCGAGACCAUCAUAUAGAUCACUCAAGGCUACCAGCCAGUGCCUCAACAGGAGUCUGGACUGGAACCGAAUUGGAUUUGACAGCAAAAGCAGCCUCUUUCUCUUAUUUUCAGACUGUCUCUUGAAACGUGAAUGCGUUGGUUGGUGUUGUCAAUACCCUGAGGUGUGAGUCUGAGCAUACCUGUGGAGAGUUAUGUUGAACACAUUAAUUGGGUAUAUGAAGACGCUUCUUAAUUGCGGGCAGGCCAUUCCCUGGGCAAGGUAAAUAUGCUGAACACAAACAUGCAAUGUGAUCAGCUGCUUCAGCUUCCUGAUGCCGUGGCCUCCCUGGCAUAAAGGACUAUAUCCAGAACCGUGAGCCAAAAUAACCCUUCCCUCCAUCCAGUUGCUCUUAUUGGAGUACUUUAGUGAGACCAUGAGUGUCUGUGGAAGAUUGACAGCUGGGAAGAUCCUGCAGCCACCAGAUUAACCAGUUAGCUGUGUGUGCUUUUUCUCCCCUGCAGGACAGCGUGAUGGUCCUUAGUGCAACCCAUCGCUACAAGAAGAAGUAUGUCACCACCUUGCUGUAUAAGCCCAUUUGAAGAGGACAUCUCUCCUUGCCUCCAAGGAUUCUGGAGCAACAUCUCCCUUGCCUUUGAACUGACCCGGUCUCCUCUGAGGCUGGAAGGCUGAUUUGUGUUGAGGCUGAUACGUGUGUUUCAGAGCCUCUAAGUAGAGGGCUCUGCUUUUGCAUUUGAUUGCAGAUGAGAGCUUUAUGAGUUCAUGGAGUUUAUUUUAAGAAAAACAAAACCACAUGUAUACAUAUGAGAAGAAGGUUACUGGGAGCCUCCUAGCCCAGCUGUUUAGGUUCUCUCUGCCUGUGGGUAGUUGCCAGGGCCUGAGUGGGAAGCUGCGGCCACAGGAAUGAGUGUACCGGAAGCUUCUUUUCCUAAAGUGAAAGAAUAGCAAACUCUUAGGAUCCUUGUCAGGCAGAGGUUCUGCCGCUGUACCCUGGUGUCAAAGGGUCAGCUGUGUGCCAGGCUGCAGCCCUCCUUAUAGCUGCCUCAUUGCAGGGUGGCUUUCCUUGCAUGGAUUGAUUCUGUAUUCCCACAGUAUGUGAUGCAAUCUACUGUGUUUUUAUAUGACACUAGAUGUCCCACAAGAACGCUCCUCGUUUUAUGUACUCUGUGUAGUAGUUUCCCUCAGAUCUCAUACAUGACCCUUUGGAAAGUUGUAUGGGAUUAGACUCGCCUCGGAGACUGGAGGUGCCAGGGCCUCCUUUUUAGCCCAGCACGGGCCCAACCCAGUUUGUUACAGCUCACUUUAACGUCUAAAGAAAAGCCGUGGUUCAGUAUUAAGAGAGAUGCAGAUCUUCAGUGUGGUCCUAUGUAUUGGGUGCAUGGCACAUGCUCACAGGGCUUCUCCCAGGCUUGGCCCUGUUUCCAGCUGCUCUUUAUCAGAGCAGAUGGUUUAUAAUAUAGAAUUAGGGAACCUUCUGUAUCUUUUAUCCCUGAAAGAGUUUUAUGUGCCUACGUUUUUCUUUAAUAAUAUAAAGAAGCAUAUCCAUCAGUGUUAAUGUCUGUUAAAGAAGCUCUGGCUUUUGACAAAGGGUUCUUAAGAUUUUCUUUUCCAGUCUAGGGAAUUCUACAGUCCUGGGUCAAUAUGACCAGCCAUGUACCUCAUUUCCCAAGCACUGUUUUCGACAUGAGUUCCUGCAGGCUCAUUAGACACACAUACUAGAUGUCCCUACCUUUAAAGAUGUGUAAGGUGAGGAACUAACCCUGGUAUUCAUAACCGUAACAGUGUUGUUCUCUGCACCAAGUUUUAACAAGAUGCUUUAUUCUUUUGCCUCUUCCAAAUGUGCUUGACAAUGGAGUGGGUCAUUGAUUAUCAUAGACUGAAAAGUACUCAACCCACUCAGGUUUCAAAGAAAAUAUUUUCUCCAAGUAUCUUGACACUCCGUUUUGCAGAUAAAUGCAAGUCAAGCAUUAAACGUUGUUUAUGGUUGAGAGACUUCACGUUUGCUAAGAUGAGCCAGCCACACUGAGGGACCUGCAGGUCAGUUUAGCUACCUCCUGACUUUCCCACCCAUUGUCACAGACGUCCUCUUUGGAUUCUGAGACCUCUUUGAUCACAAGUUUGAAGCCGGUAGAUGGGAUGUUUCACGGGGAAUACAGAUUGCUAAAUGCCUUGGUAGGUAAUUGGUGGGGGUAAGUACAGCUUGCUCCAUCCUGAGCCACUUCCCCCAUCUCUUGUGGAGAACAUUUACUGUCCAGCCAACUUGCUGGAUAGUGUGCCCUUUUGGAAACUAAGGCCUAAUGCUAUCAUAACCAGCUCGGAAGCUCUUCAGUUCUACCGGAAAGCUUUUUGUCUUGUUUCCCAGUGCCCAUCUAGAAGUGGGCCACAGAGGAGGAUUCGAUCUUGGUUGUUACACAGUGGCUUCUCUUGUAUCUGUCCUUAUGAGCUGGAAUCCUCUGUGUGUUCGUGGACUAAAUUUUACUCCACACGGAUGUAGCAGUAGAAGGGUUGGGAAGCAGUCUCCAGUCGCAGGCUGAGACUGUCUUAUCAGGUGUGGCUGUGGUGACAGGGUUUUGGUGCUGGUGACCUUCAUGUUCUCAUCUGGAAACGAUAGCCCCCACUUCUCAAGUCUGCUGGUCCCCUCCCUGGGGAGCUCUGUCAUUGUCACCAGGACAGAGGAGGUCACUGCUUUUCUAUUAGUUACCUUAAGGGACAGUUUUCUACAGUCAAAAGGUUAGUAGAGUUUGGAAAUAAGGCAAAAACAUUUUAGUCUUCAGUUUCCUUUUUCUCUUCACCUAUGGGAAGUUUGCAGUCAGAGUUGGUAGAGUACAGCAGCCCCGAAGAAGGGCCACCUGCCUCAGCCAGCUGUGAUGCCGGCUGAGGGUUAUGAGGAAAUGAAAGUAAUGGAUGAGCUGAGGAGUGGUACCAGGAAGCUGAAGGAUCAAGUAACUUGGAACUGAAAAUAUCCUCUUUAAAAGAAAAAAAAAAUUAAAGCUGGGCACAGCCUAGAUCCUUGGAUUUCAUUGUACAGAAACCUUAGCAGCCUGUAAAAUGUCUUCUGUCAGCCUCUUGUUGCGUCUGUCCUCUGCCUUUCCUCAGCAUUCUGUUUGAUGUCGUUGGUCAGUAAGACAAGUUCACCAGGGUCUCAAGUCAAAUGCUACCCAAAACACAGGUUUGUGGCUUCACCUGGGUGAAGAACUUUCAUACAGUAGCUGUUAAUCCGCUUCCUGUCAACCUAGGCUUGAGUAGGGUUUAUCCAGUGGAGGCAACACUCGCAGGGCACAUGCAGCUUCAAGAGCACUGGUCUCUCAAGUAUGAAGUACCAAGGAGAAGCCAGGUCCCUGAGAGGAACCCUGACCCACUCCUAUUGGCUUUGGUUUUUGUCGAUCUAAUGGAUCUUCCAUAAGUCUUUUGAAAGGUGUCCGUAUUCCAUGCAUGCUGCUGAAGGGAAGGGAAGGGAAAGUGGGGGAAUGGGGCUUUAAAUGUUUGAUCUUGAAACAAUAUGCAACAUGUCCCUGUGUGUGAGUGAGUGUGUGAUAGCCAUUCUUCUCAGAGAUACUUUGUCCUCACGUUCUUGUGACUUGGGGCUUAAGAAAGCAGAUAAAUAUUUUGUUCCUGUAUUACGAAUCAUGCUCAAAGCUGAGUUCUCGCCAUCUUCUGUCGGACUGCAGACUCCAGUUACUGUGAAGAGGAGACUUGGCAGGAGUCAGGGUCUCCAGAACUCUCUGGGUCUAGGCGUUUGUCUUUCCUUUAGUGACCGUCACAGCUGGAGACUAAGGACGGAUUUCUGCAGUGAACUUAGGAAGUGUUUGGGAUAAAAAGCCCAAUCUUUUUUUCAAUUAUAGGGAAGAAGAAAAAGUCUCGAGUCAGCUACUUGUAGGAUGUGCUCCCUCUUGGAGUCUAAGCUGGACUUCGUCUCCACUUGUGUUUCUCACUAGUGUUUUGAAGUAAGCAAGCUUCAUUAAAAGUAAAACACUGAGAAGUUCUAACGGAAUUGUGUAUGGCACAGUACUUUUUCAUUAAGAUUGGUGUGAAAUACUAAAUAUUAGGUAUUUGUGGGUGUUGGAUUACACAGUCGGGGACACCUACAGGAAGAGUUGUAUCAGGUGUUGGCCAAUUUCUGUUCCCCUCCGUAGAGCGCCUUCCGCAGCUUAUCGUUCUAGGCCAGCCUGAUACCAGUGUUAAUUUGUCCUAAGUUCUGUACUGGGUGGCUCGUCUGAGACAGAAUUCGGCGGGUGUUGGUGGUUUCCACUCUAGCACUUUGUUGUGCAGCAGGGGUGAUGGAUGCGAAGACCGUUCCAUACGCAUGGGUCUCUUCACCCGUGCUGUUUGUGGCCUUUGAUGCUGACAUGCAAAGCUGCUUCAGUUCAGUGACCUGCCUGAAAACUGUAUAAUGGGACAUGAAAAUGUGGGUUUAUUUUGUCCAUAAAACUGUCUAAUAAAAGCAUUAUGCCGCAAUUA